CCUUGGGCUUCCCAGAAAGCGGGGCAAUGUGUGCCUCCCCCUAAUCCCAGUCACAGCACUGCUGUGGAGUGAGGCACUCUGUAAACAACCAGUGACCCACAGGCACACAGCUCUGUGCCUGACUGCAGUGCUUUUGCUCUCAGGCACCACAAACAACAAGCAAUUAGCCCUUGGUCUCCUGCAGAAAGAAAUGUUCAGCUCCUGCCUGCCCUGGAAAACACAGUUUGUUCUAAGUUUAGCAGUUCUUCUUGCAGAUUUUACUGAAAACAGAGCUUUUGCCAGCCUAAGUGAAUGCAAAACUGCAACCAUAAAUGAUGUGAACGAGAGUCUUGAGAAAUAUUCAAAAUGCUUGCCUGAAAUGAUUGCCAAGGGUGAAAAAGCUUCAAUCAAUUCCCUGGUGUGGAUACUGCAAGAAGCACUCGAUCUGCUGCGCCCUGUUCAAGAGCAAUUUUGCAAGCAGCUACCUCCGUGCCCACGUCCAGUGGCCCCAAGAAACGGGGGACUGGUGUGUGUGACCAUUGACAAUGCUCAGUACUGUAAACCCAUGUGCAACAAGGGUUAUGACUUCCAGUUCCUCAGACGCAGCAGGCUGUAUGAAGUGUGUGGCAAUGCCACUGGGUUUUCCUGGACCACACAACUUGUCGGGGGAAAGGAACUGGCUGUUUGCAGCCCCUCUGAGACGGCCAUCAGUGGAGCUAAAUCUGCCUAUUUCCCCAGCAACAGCACGUGUGUGCACACACUUGCCUUCCCUGGAGCUCAGGCAGAGCAGCUGAACAUCUUCCUCAAAGAGCUUGAGGAGCAAGGCAUCGACGGCUCCAGCCGGGAUGAGGGGGCUGAUUGCAUCAUCUGUGGCUACUAGCACCAAACAGCCUGGGCACAGCCCAGCCAGCUGACUGCAGUUGGACGACAGAAGCAGAGCAGUGAAAUCAUUGCUAACACGUGUAAACACACAGCUUUUAUUUAGUCAAAGGACAAGAGAUCAUUAUCAUGACCUUAGCUUUGAGGUACGGAUAUAUGGGCUAAAUCUUAUCACACGUCUCAUGGCAGAAGGGUUUCAAAGAAAGAAGAUCACUUUUAUAGCUUAAAUUUGUCUAGCUGGAAUUAAAUAAGAACUAAAGUUUUAAUGGAUGCCUUCCUAUUGGCUUAACUUCUUCAGGAUCUCUGAAGAUAGUGACAACACUAAUUGUUAUCAGAAACUGUCCCGUGUCAGGGGUCAUCUCUACUGAGAAAGAGCCAUAUUUCUACUUGCUUGUACAGUUGCCAGUUAAUCCCUGUUGUUGCUCUGAUGACCAUUAAAGCCAUAUAAGUUACAACAA